UUAGCAAAGCACCUGAAAGCGGGGUUUGCUCCGGAAACAAAAUCUGAAACCCUCGCGCGUUCGAUCGAUCGACCGGCAGCCGCGAUGGAUUACGAGCGCGGAGGUGGUGGCGGCGGCGGCGGGCGCGGGCGCGGGAGGGGUCGUGGCGGCGGUGGAGGAGGUGGAGGCGCAGGCCGCGGCGGUGGUGGAUACGGGCGGCACGGGUACGGCGGCGGCGGAGGCGGGUACGGCGGCGGCGGCAGCGGUGGAGGAGGGGGAUACGGGCAUGACGAAGGAGGAGGCUACGGUGGGGGCCGCGGAGGCGGCGGCUACCACGGCCCUCGCGGAGGCGGUGGGGGCGGAUAUGGCGCUGGCGCGGGUGGCCGCGGAGGGCGCGGCCCCGCCGGUGGCGCCGGGCAGGCGUACGGGCCCGGCGGAGGGAGCGCGUGGGCGCCGGCGCCGGCGCCGGGUUCGGGGAGAGGCCGUGGAGGCGGCGGCGCGGGGUACGUCCCCGUCGCCUGGGCACCUGCGCAGGCGCCUGCCGUGAGGGGCAUCGCGCCCAAGGACAAUGAGGCGCCGAGUUCGUCGGGAUCCGUUGAACGCAUUGGCCCCAGUCAAUUGGCCAGAGUAGAACCUUCAGUAUCAUCACUUGUUGCUAUGUCUUCUGCUGGCACACGAGUGCCAAUGCAAAGACCUGACCGGGGAGGCUCAUCAUCUCAAGCAAAGGUCAAACUUUUGGUGAACCACUUCAUUGUCAACUACCGACAGGCUUCUACCAUUUUUCACUAUGACAUAGACAUCAAGCUUGAUCAAGCUUCCCCUAAGGCUUCAGGCAAGGAGCUCUCCAAGGCCGAGUUUCUUUCUGUCAAGGAUGAGCUCUUCAAGGACACUGACUUUCGGCGUCUUUCGUCAUGUGUUGCUUAUGAUGGCGGAAGAAAUCUAUUUACUUCUGCUGAACUGCCGGAAGGUUUAUUCCGCGUGAGAGUUCGGUCCAAGACUUACAUUGUAUCAGUAGAUUUAAAGAAGCAGAUGCCAUUGAGUCAACUCUCAGAGUUACCCGUGCCUAGAGAGGUCUUGCAGGGUCUUGAUGUCAUUGUGCGCGAGGCCUCUAGAUGGCGCAAGAUUAUCGUUGGUAAAGGAUUUUACUCACCAGAUAACAGUCUAGAUAUUGGGCAGAAUGCUGUGGCUCUGAAAGGAGCACAACAGACGCUUAAACAUACUCAGCAAGGGCUGAUCCUAUGCGUUGACUACUCAGUGAUGCCAUUUUAUAAAGCUGGGCCAGUGAUGGAUCUUGUUGAGAAGAUAGUGGGGCGCCUUGAUUACAGGACAACUCUGAACAAGAGGCAAGUUGAAAAUUUGGAUUAUGAGCUUAAAGGCCGGCGUGUGACUGUGAUUCACCGCAGGACUAAUCAGAAGUACACUGUGCAAGGUUUGACACCCUUGCCUACCAGCCAGUUGACCUUUGUGGAUGCUGAAACCAGACAAACAAAGAGACUUGUCGACUAUUAUGCUCAGAAACAUGGCAAGGUGAUUGAGUAUCAGAUGCUUCCAUGCCUGGAUUUGAGCAAGAGCAAGGAUAAACCAAAUCAUGUGCCAAUUGAGCUUUGCACUCUACUUGAAGGGCAGAGGUAUCCAAAGGCAAACUUGGAUAAGAAUUCUGAUAGAACACUAAAAUCGGAGGCCCUAAUUCCUGCAUUUAGGCGGAAGAAGGAGAUUCUGGACUUGGUGAAUUCUAGAGAUGGACCUUGCAGUGGUGAGAUAGCCCAUCAAUUUGGGAUUUCCUUGGAUGUACAAAUGACUGAAGUCACGGGUAGGAUCCUUCCGCCACCCAACCUAAAACUUGGCACAUCCAAUGGCCAGACCUGCAAAUUCAGUAUCGAUCAGGAUAGCUGCCAGUGGAACCUUAUGAAGAAGAAACUAGUAGAGGGCCGCGAUCUUGAUUGCUGGGGCAUUGUUGACUUCAGUGCACGUCCGUCUCACCCCAGGCAGGAACCCCUCAAUGGAAGGAUGUUUGUUGAAAAGAUCGUGAAGAAGUGCUGUGACCUCGGCAUCCGGAUGAACACUACUCCAUGCUUCGUGCACAUAUCAGGAAUGGCAGUGCUCUCUGAUCCACAUCAACUGCACGAGGAGCUAAACAAAGCAAAACAAACUGCAGUCAGCAAGAAGCAGAAGCUAAAGCUCCUGUUCUGCCCAAUGUCUGAGCAGCAUCCAGGCUACAAGACACUGAAGCUGAUAUGUGACACGGAGCUGGGGAUCCUGACCCAGUGUUUCCUGAGCAACCUCGCAAACAAGCCGCAGGGCCAGGACCAGUACAUGACCAACCUUGCUCUCAAGAUCAACGGCAAGCUUGGUGGCAGCAAUGUCCAGCUGUUUGACUCACUCCCACGGGUCAGCGGCGUGCCUUUCAUGUUCAUCGGGGCUGAUGUUAACCAUCCGUCACCCGGGAAUGUGGAGAGCCCGUCAAUCGCAGCUGUGGUUGCGUCUAUCAACCCUGGCGUCAACAAGUACGCAUCAAGAAUCCGCGCCCAGCCACACCGCUGCGAGGUGAUCCAACAGCUUGGUGAGAUCUGCUUGGAGCUCAUCAGAGUCUUUGAGAAGCAGAACUGUGUGAAGCCGAAGAGGAUCAUCUACUUCCGUGACGGUGUGAGCGACGGGCAGUUCGACAUGGUCUUGAACGAGGAGCUGGCGGACAUGGAGAAGGCGAUCAAGGUGAAUGGCUACUCGCCGACCAUCACCGUGAUCGUGGCCAAGAAGCGGCACCACACGCGGCUGUUCCCCAAGGACCAGGGCCAGCCGCAGACUAGGAACGGCAAUGUGCCACCUGGCACGGUGGUGGACACGGGCGUGGUGGACCCGUCGGCGUAUGAUUUCUACCUAUGCAGCCACAACGGGCUGCUAGGGACGAGCCGGCCCACGCACUACUACAGCCUGGUGGAUGAGCACGGCUUCAGCUCUGAUGACCUGCAGAAGCUGAUCUACAACCUGUGCUUCGUGUUCGCGCGGUGCACCAAGCCGGUGUCGCUGGCGACACCCGUCUACUACGCCGACCUUGCGGCUUACCGCGGCAGGCUCUACUAUGAGGCGGGCUUGAAGUCGGGAACCUUUGAAGUUGGGAACUUCCCGAGGCUGCACAAGGACCUGGAGGACAACAUGUUCUUCAUCUGACACCUGCUUGUUUUCACCGGUGUCCACCUGGAGCAUGGUCUGUUUGUAGAUCAUGCGUUUAUUGGUCGCGUCUUUUUUUCUCGUCAUUUAUUUCGUACUGCAGUGAGUGACGUUCACUUUUAACUACACUCUUGUUACGUUUUUGUCACCGAAAGUUGAAACAUUGGUGAUCUGGUGUAAAUAUGGUUUGAGUUAACGAACCUUUGCUGAAUGACUUUGUUGUA